AUGGCACCUCCACGACUUCCUGAUCUGCCAACCGAGCUGAUCUACCUCAUCGCCGCCCACCUCCCCAAAGCUUGCGAUCUCUCGGCCUUGGCCCGGACAAAUCAACGGCUCUACUGCAUCAUCAACAACAUUCUCUACACCGGAGCAGUCAAGCCCGGCACCGACCCUCAACCUCUUCUCUGGGCCACCCGACAUGGAGUCCCCUCCACCGUAGACAAGGCCAUUUGCGCCGGCGCCAAGCCAGACUACCUCUUCGAGUUUGUCCUCUCCCGUAAGGCCUGGGAACUCGUCUGUAUCCUCGAACGCGCUGCCGCCCCCAACGAGAACUCGGACUUUGAAGACUGGAACUGGUCCCCUCCCUCCAACACCAACUACAGCAACUCGGCCACCCCCGAGCUCUACCGCGACCUUCACGAUAUCAUGGGCACCAUGCGCGCCCCGUGGGAUCCCCGCCCCAACCCCCCUCCCAACAACCUGUCCGGCCCCGCGAACCCCCUUCUCGACCUGUUGGAGAACGAACCCCCCCAAACCAACCAUGAAGUACUUAGUGGUUCCGAGACUGAACCUCUUUCGGAGCCUGAUGAUCCCAUGCCCUUCCCCCCUCCACCAGGAGGAGGAGGAUUGGUGGGCGCUUUUCUCGGUAACCUGUUUCAAGCCGUUCACAACCACAACCACAACCCCUUCAAUGACGAUGACGAAGAAGACGACGACGACGACGAGGAUGACGAUGACCUCAUGGAUGAGGACAGCGAGGUCGAGGAGUGGGUACACAACAUACGAGCCAGGGGAAUCACCCGCCGCUGUGCCCCCAUACACAUAGCUGCCAAGGAGGGCCAUAACGCCGUCAUCGAAAAGCUGCUGGAGCACGGUGCCAACAUCCAUCUCGAGGCAGAGUGGUACUGCUCCUGCCGCCCGCCGCUCUCGCUGUGGGAAACGCGCGAACUCGAGGCGGCCGGCACCCUGCGUGAGAACCUGGAAGCUUCAUAUUGGCCGGCUGUCCACCUAGCCAUGUGCUUUGCGCGUUUCGACACUGCCAAGUUUCUUAUUGAGCGCGGUGCCCUCAACAAUAUCCCCAAGGGUCAUCUGGGUUUCACCAUCCUCCACCAAGCUGCUUCUAUAGGAAACCUCGACAUGCUCAAGUACAUUGUCGAAGCCGGCAAGGCCACCUGGCCCACGGUCGAUAUCGAAGACGACAUGGGCCUGACGCCUCUGUAUUUUGCCUGUGCCAAGGGCCAUUGGGACACAGUCGUCCCCUACCUGAUUGAGAAGGGCGCCAACAUAGACAAGGAGUUUGAGGUGGACCUGUGGGAAUUCAAGGCCAAGACGACGGUCCUCGGCGAAGCUUGCUACCUCGGCCAUUACGAUCGCGCCCUGAAGCUCAUUGAGCUGGGUGCAGAUGUCAAGCAGCAGCUCGAGUUCAAUCAGCUGACAUUUGGGAGACGACACCGCCUGGAAGAAGCGGAUAACGGAGACGAGGAAGCUGGCGAUGGCAUCAAGAAGAUCCCCCUUCUCCACGUAUGCUGUACCUCCCCCCGACCAAAGGAUGACGACUAUUACUCAAACCCAUCAGUUCGGUCGGCACCUUUCAGACUGGCCAGAACCGAGGAGCCGACAGCCUUGGAACGCGUAGCCCUGAUAGAAAGGCUUCUGGCUGCGGGCACGCCCAUUGACCAAACCUGGGACGACGGCAAUGGCGAAACCCCUUUGUUUAUGGCUGCACAGUUUCACGUCACCUCAGCUGUCAGGGCCUUGUUGAAGGCUGGUGCUAAUCCCCUUGUCCAGGAUAAAAAUGGCCGAAACGCCUUGAUGGCCGCACUUUAUCACCCACUAGGCGAAGAGCCCUGGACCACGUUUGCCGAGUGCUUCCCAUCGAGUUCCAAGCCAGACAAGGCGCCCGAGAUUGUGCGUUUGCUCCUAGAGGCAGGCGUUCCAGUCAACCAUCAGGACUCAAAGGGACGUACCGCGUUGCACCUUGUCUUCCGGCCCAGGAGAGCGUACGAACUAGGAGCGGCAACAGACGCCAUCUGCAGCAUCGUCCGAUUGCUGUUCGACGCUGGCAUUGACCCAUGCAUUCGCGCCAAGGACAAGACCCCGGUCCUGAAGAACGCACUCAAAUGGGAUUACGGCCGCGCUGCUGAUCUCCUCGUCCAAUUCCACGGUCCCGCCCUUGGCUCGCAUUUGGACCCCAAGGAGUUCCGAGAAUUCUACCUAAUGAUAGCCGAAGCCACCUCUCCCAGGAUCUACGCCACGUAUGGGGCUCCUGAAUCAGCCUCUUCGUAUGACUUGCUUCUGGAUAUCGACAGCUCUCAUCACCUCACGUCCGACAAGAGCCUUUUAUUCGACCUGAUCAAGAAAGGGUCCGAGAACGGAGAAUGCUUUUCGGCAGCCGAAAAGCUUGGCAAGCGUGGCCUCCAUCGCAUGGACCUGACGCUCGAGGAAAAGACCAAACUGAUGAAGAAAAGCAUUGACCAUGAUCUGCACAAGCUGAUGAUAGAGGUUGUCAACGUCACCGUCCAUGCCGUCGCGCCGUCCGUCCUUCGAGACAAGGCCGUGCUCGAAGAAGCCCUACUGCACAUCCUCCGCAAUCCCCGACGGUUACACUUUUCGGAACCCAUGAUUGCCCAUCUCAUCAACGCCGGCGCCGACCUCCACCGGCCAUGCCCUUACCAGCUGGAAAAGAAAGCAUCCGAUACCACCACCACCACGACCACCACCACUACCUACCUGCCCCCCCUCUACACCGCCAUCCGCUACGGCCAUGUCAAGGUCGUCAAGUACAUGCUCUCCAAGCAACCCAUCCACGGUAACCCCCACGCCCUGCUCAACCCUUACCUCCACCAGGCCGUCAACCUCGACCCGGCCAUCCGGGAGAAAUGGCCCCUCACCAAUCAGCAGGACGAGGCCAAGACGCGCAGUGACAUGGUCCGUGCCCUCAUCGAAGCCGGCGCCGACCCAGCUUUGCUCAACAAACACAAGGACACAGCGUUGUCAAUACUCCUAAAGGGCCUAGCCGCCGAUCCAGAUCGCAGAAUACUCAAGAGUCUGGGCCAUUUGAUCAAGCCGCUUAGUCGCGGGGUGGAUAUCAAUGUGGUGAAUAAGGAGGGGAAGAGUGUGGUGGACUAUCUGAGGGAGUUGAUGGUUUUGAGGGAGGUGGAGGAGAAGGAUCGGGAUGGUCCAAGUACGAGUGAGGCCAAGAUGAAGGUCAAGAGGAUCAAUGAGGCUAUCAGGAUGUUGAGAUGUAGGGUGGAGUUGGUUAAAGAGGAGUCGGAUGAUGAGAAAGGUGAGAGUAAGGAGAAGGGGGAAGGGAAGGAAGAGGGCAGGUUGAUGAUCAAGUGGUCUGUUCCCAAGGGGGGUCCGGCGGCCACGGGAGGCAAUAUGGUGUGUCCGCCGAUGCCGGCGAGGGAGAGAGGGAGGUACGCAGGGUAUGGAUCAUAUUUGUAAAAGGAUUGCGUGUAAUGGUUUAAGAAGGUGUGUGUUUUUCUUGUGAUCUUGUAUGGUUUUAUUUUGGGCACCUUUUAUUAUGCUCAAUAUGAUCUGGUAAGGUCGGUAUACAUGGUUUAUUGUUUUAGAAGUAAGAGACGGAAAAAGGCAAAGCGCUGAAUAUGGUGCUGACUUUGUAGAGGUAGCGUUGUGUUUUUUGCAACAUGGAUAUUUUGUGGCUGAGGAUGUACAUCACUGGAGAAAGCUGUUGGUUGAGGUUGCCUGGCGAAAUCCCGUCCUCUGGCAGUGGUCACUGCUGAGCCUUGCCUGAAUCGCGGAAGGAGCUCAUGAGUCG